AUGAUUGAGUUCGGACAAAAAUAUGGCACCAAUACUGUGUCUUCCCUUGAUUCUUUAUCUCAAUCAAAACUUCGUUGCAAUUCAGUAACGGAGUUUACAUUUUGUAACGUCUCAAUUACAAAUGAUGACGAACUAUCCAAUAAAGAUGAAAACCCUUUCGUCUUCUCACCAUCCUUUAAGCCAAAAAACGGCUAUUCUGGAUAUAAUUGUUCAUCACCCGCAACAAAGGCACAAAACAAGAUAUUAGAAAUGAUGAAAAAUCUACCCGAGUCUUGUCAUGAGUUAUCACUUAAUGAUAUCAUUGUGGAUGAUCUACAAGAUGCACGAGGCAAAGUUGAGCAAAAAAGUGAUUCGAAGAUGGGUUUCAAGAGCAAGAAGACGCCUAAGAGAAAACUUCCGAUAUCUAGAAGUGUUAGCUUAGAUACCGGAGUAUUUAUGCUCAAGAUGUUCAUUCCAAGCUCUUUGAGUACUAGGAAAUCUAAGAGCUCUUCUAAAAUGUGUUCAAAUAAGAAUAGUUUUAGCAAUAACAAUAAUAGCAUCGAAUCAAGCAUCAAGAUCAAGAAUACAUGUACCCAAACAAAUACCAAAUCUAGUUGUUGGAUGAUCAAUAAACCGUGGAAGCUAACGAGCAAAAGGGGAUGCGUCUUCUGA